UUGGUCUUGCUCUCUUCUGGGUGACGCGGAUCGGAAGUGGUUCUACAUAAUUUCACCAAAUUAUUUGUUUUCUUUUACCUCUGAAACUGCAAGUACAUCUCCAAAAGCGAAGAGAGGAACCAUGAAGUGGAGCUGGGUGCUUGUGGCAGUCUUGCUGUCUUUUGGGGGGCUAUCAUGGGCCAAGGAGGGCUUGGACUUCCCCGAGUAUGAUGGCAAGGACCGUGUCCAUGACCUGAACGCCAAGAACUAUAAGUCGGUGAUGAAGAAGUACGAUGUGAUGGUGGUGUACUACCAUGAGCAUCCCGGAUCCAGCCGCGUCGCCCAGAGACAGUUUGAGAUCGAGGAGCUGGCCCUUGAGCUCGCCGCCCAAGUCCUGGAAGAAUUCGAUGAUGAGGAUGUUGGAGUCGGCCUCAUUGAUGAAAAGCUCGACAAAGUCGUUGCAAAGAAAUUAGACCUCGAUGAGGCCGACAGCAUCUAUAUCUUCACGGACGACGAAGUCAUAGAAUAUGAUGGAGAGCUUGCAGCAGAUACGCUAGUGGAGUUCAUCUUUGAUGUUCUCGAGGACCCAGUGGAAAUUAUUGACAAUAUGAAGGAACUUAAAGGCUUCGAAAAUGUGGAGGAGGACAUCAAACUGGUGGGCUACUUUAAGAGUCACAAGUCGGAACAUUUUGAUGCUUUUGCUGAUGCUGCUGAAGAGUUCCAUCCUCACAUCAGCUUCUUUGCCACAUUCAACGCCAAGGUCGCCAAGGCUCUGGACCUGAAGUUAAAUGAGGUGGACUUCUAUGAGCCCUUCAUGGACAAGCCAGUGGUCAUCCCUGGAAAACCCUACACUGAGGAGGAGCUUGUGGAAUUCAUCGAGGACAACGACAGACCAACCCUGAGGAAGCUGCAGCCACACAACAUGUAUGAGAUCUGGGAGGAUGAUGUUGAUGGUGAACACAUCAUUGCUUUUGCAGAGGAGUCUGACCCAGACGGUUUCGAAUUCCUGGAGAUCCUGAAGCAAGUUGCCGAGGAUAACACAGAUCAUCCUGACCUCAGCAUUGUCUGGAUUGACCCUGACGACUUCCCUCUGCUGGUCCCACACUGGGAGAAGACUUUUGGAAUCGACCUGUCCGUCCCACAGAUUGGUGUUGUUGAUGCUGGGGAUGCUGACAGUGUGUGGAUGGACAUGGACGAUGGCGAUGACAUACCAUCUGUAGACGAGCUGGAGGACUGGAUCGAAGACGCUCUGUCUGGUGAGAUUGAUCCUGAUGAUGAUGAUGAUGAUGAUGACGACGAUGAUGACGAUGAUGAUGAUGAUGACGACGACGAUGACGAUGAUGAUGACGACGACGAUGAUGACGAUGAUGAUGAUGACGAUGACGACGAUGAUGAUGAUGACGACGAUGACGACGAUGAUGAUGACGACGACGAUGAUGAUGAUGACGACGAUGAUGACGACGAUGACGACGACGACGAUGAUGACGAUGACGACGAUGACUAUUAAAUCAUCACAGUCAUAAUUUACUCAUUAAGUCUGACCAAUGCAGUUUCAAGAGUCAACAUCAUCGAAUCUCUCAGAUCAUCCUCUUUUGUAACGAGUUGUUUUGUUGACGUUGUCAGGUCAUGUUGGUAUCCCAUCUUUUCAUCAUCCUCACUCUUCAUCUUGCCAGAACAAUAUUCCACUAGUCAGUUUCCCUCUUCCCAAAACUAUUCUUAAAUCCUCCUGCACUUAAUAACGGACAAAACUCUCUAAGAUCCCACCGUAUUUUUAUUCCCACAUGUAACAGUGUCUUGUACAAUAAUUAAAAAAAAGACAUUUCGAAACCUUGCCAUCUACUGCUAUUGAUUUUUAUAUUACUCAAGUUUUUAUUCUCUGAAACUCUGGAGUUCUGGGUUGCAAUGUUUAUGCAUUAUGUCUGAGUCCAACUGUGAAGUCUGUUGCAGUUUGAAUGUGUUUUAUUUAUGUUCACUUCUUUUUUUGUUCGCCCCGAUAUCUAAACAACUGAAGUAAAAUCCAAGGGUGCUAGCAGGCUUUUCUGGCGGGUCUUAAGUAUCAUCAGCCUACUCUGUUAAAUCAAUGUAACUUUGUGCACUGAGAGUGCUGUACAUCAUACAGAUGUUUUCUAUGAUGAUGAAAUAUAACAACAGCCAUAUUCUAUUUUUGUAACAUGAGAAAUUUAACUGUGAAGUCUUAAAUAAAUGACAG